AUGGCAAACAACUCUGAUCGGCAAGGCUUGGAGCCCAGAAUUAUAAGAACACUAGGUUCUCAAACGCUCAGCGGUUCUACUGUUCCUAAUAGAACUCUAAGUUCAGAGGCAAAUCCGCACUUUUCCGAGAAUAUAAAAGAAGCAACGGUCAAUACGACUUCCCCGACCCCCCUAUCUACACCUAUUUACAGGAUAGCUCAGGCUUGUGACAGGUGUCGAUCUAAGAAGACAAGAUGUGAUGGUAAAAGACCACAGUGUUCGCAAUGUGCUGCUGUCGGUUUCGAAUGUAGAAUAAGCGACAAACUACUAAGAAAGGCGUAUCCAAAAGGUUACACAGAAAGUCUAGAAGAAAGAGUUCGUGAACUGGAGGCAGAAAAUAAGCGUUUGUUGGCUUUAUGUGAUAUCAAAGAACAGCAAAUAAGUCUUGUUUCGCAAUCACGGCCGUCAACAUCUUUGGAUAGUAAUGUUGAUGGUAACUGCAAAAAAGAGCUAAAAGACGCGCCAUUAAAUUUGUCUUCUACGAAUAUUUACUUAUUAAACCAAACUGUUAAUAAGCAGCUGCAAAGUGGCAAAAUGGACAACGAUAACAGUGAUGCGGCGAUAGAUUCAUUGGCAGCAUCGCCUUCGCCGCCACCAAAAGACCAUGUUUGUGACGGUGUUUCAUGUACAAAUCGUUUGCAUGUUAAACCUACUUCUACAAGUUUAAGUGACCCGACCGCUAUCUCCUUCGAACAGAAUGAGGCACCUGGUCUUCCUGCCGUGAAGGCAUUAAAAUCUAUGACAACUCACCAACGUAGCACUCAGUUAGCAACUUUGGUUUCUUUAUCAAUUCCAAGGUCCACUGAGGAAAUUUUAUUUAUUCCCCAACUUUUAACUAGAAUAAGGCAAAUUUUCGGUUUCAACUCAAAGCAAUGUUUAUAUACUGUGUCUUUGUUAUCUUCUCUAAAGAAUAGAUUACCAGCACCGAGCAUUUUGUUACCUUCGACUUCAACAAACUCCAAAGAAAAAAAUGAAGACAAAACUCCCAAUGAUGAUUCGGCAUUUUUGAAAACCUUUCAAAGCACAAGCUUAUCCGAGUUUGUUGAUCUGAAAAAAUUUUUAAUUUCCUUGAAGUUUGACAUAGACUCAUUCUCAAAGCAACCAGAAAAGCAGGCUAAUGGUCACGAUAGCGACCUACUUUCUCUCACUGAAAUCAAAGAGUUGUUACACCUGUUUUUCAAAUUUUGGUCAAACCAAGUGCCAAUUUUGAACAAUGACCAUUUCUUACUAUAUUUCAAUAAUUUUGUUGAGAUUAUAAAAGAUUUUUCUCUGAUAAGUACAAAAGCCAAUAGCACCACUAAAAACAACGUUACCACCAACCAUGAAAUAUUCACUUUAAAGCUUUUGAUGAUGCUGCAAAUGGGGUUGCUGAUUAAGAUUAAAAAGGAUAAAAUAAAGGAUACUGUACCAAGGAAUUCAAAUGCUAAAUAUAUUAGACUGAUGUCGUACUACCACCAGAUUUCUUUGAUAAUUCCAAAGAACCCAUAUUUUUUAAACAUGUCCACGACUUCGUUACCAUCUUUACAAUUGUUGUCCUUGGCAUCGUUUUAUUAUCUAAACGUUGGUGACAUUUCGGCAAUUUAUGGAAUAAGAGGUCGUAUUGUUUCCAUGGCGCAGCAAUUGAGGCUCCACAGGUGUCCUAGUGCUGUAUUGAGUGUGCAUUCUAAUCCAGUUCUGCAAAAAUUUGAACAAAGUGAGAGAAGGUUACUAUUUUGGGCAAUUUAUUAUGUUGAUGUUUUUGCAUCUUUACAGUUGGGUGUUCCUCGUUUACUUAAAGAUUUUGACAUUGAAUGUGCAUUACCAAUUUCUGAUGUUGAAUACAAGGACCAACUAUCCAUGGAAAAUGAAAAAAUGAAAAAUAAAGCCAAGAAGAUUCAAUUGCAAGGCCAAGUUUCAAGCUUUUCAUUGCAAAUAAUCAGAUUUGCCAAAAUAUUGGGUAAUAUUCUAGAUUCAAUCUUCAAGAGAGGUAUGAUGGAUGAACGUAUAAGUUCCGAGGUAGCAUUAGUGCAUGAAAAUGCACUCGAUAAUUGGAGAAAUCAACUACCUGAGAUGUAUUACUUUAAAAUAACCGUGAACGGGACCGUGAAUUUAGACGAGAUAAGAGCAAACAAUUCAAGAGACAUCGAAACACCGUUUGAAACUAAAGACAUAAUACUAUUUGAAAAAAAGAUUUUAUUACUCUUUUAUUUCUUAGCCAAAUCCAUGAUUCAUUUACCGGUCAUUGCGACUAAACCUUUGUCCAAAAACGUUGACAAUGUAAUGAAAAAGAAACAAUCGAUGUUCAACAAUGAUUCGAAGGGCACUAACAAUCAUGAUCACAUGGCAGUAGAUGUUGAUAUGACAUCCCCUGCCAUAAGAACAUCGUCUUCAUACAUCAUUUUGCAACAGGCUACGAAUGCGACACUCACGAUUUUUCAAUCCAUUAAUUGGAUGUAUCUACCAUUGCCUUUGAAUGUUUCCAGAACCCUAGUGAGAUUUUCUUUAUUAUGUGCCAGAGGAUCUUUGGAAUAUACAAAGGGCGGGGCUCUGUUUUUGGACAAUAAGAACCUUCUUUUGGACACCAUAAAAGAUAUAGAAAAUGAUAGGCUUUUGGAAUUGCCCGGAAUUGCCUCUUGGCAUACAUUAAAGUUGUUUGACAUGACUAUCAAUUUACUGUUGAAGGCUCCCAAUGUAAAAGUGGAGAGAUUAGAUAAGUUCUUGGAGAAAAAACUGAAUUACUAUAAUAGAUUGAUGGGAUUGCCACUAGCUACAACUACGUCUCUAAAGCCGCUCUUUGGUUUUCAAUCGAAGAAUAGCCCAGAAACUAAACCAAGGAAAUCUACUGUGAAAAGAGAAACCCCAGAUAACGAUUAUCUUUAUGGAAACGACACUAAUAAUAAUAACAACCCUGAAACGGAUCAACCACGAACCGCAAAUGUAGGCAACACAAAUAAAAGGCUAAAAUAUGCAAAAGACACCAGACAAAGUGUAGAUAAGGAUGGAAUUGCUAAAGCUCAGGACGCAUCAAACUUUCAUCAUGAUAAUAAGAAAACCAUGUCGGCUAGCAAUUUGUUUCCCUUUUCGUUUAGCAAUACAGAUCUUACUGCAUUGUUUGCCCAUCCUGAGGAACCAAAUUGCGCUGAUAGUAAUAGUAAUAAUCUAAACGACUGUAAUAAAUCUUCGACGGAUGCGGCAGAUGCCAAUAUAGGAAAUCUAAGUUUUUUGAAUAUGGCUCCGUUCUUACAGGCUGACAACGUUACUACAAAUCAAAAUGCAGUUUGUGACAAAACUAUUCAUAAGGACGCAAUAUUCAGCCUGCCAAGUAAUUUGGAUCUCAUGAAAAAUAAUAUGGACUCUAAACCAGAAAAGAAGAAUUCCAUCAUUAAACAAAACCCCAAGAGUUCAUCAAACAGUCAAUUGCAACAUAGGGACAAAGAUGUGAAUAUUGAAAGUAAUAAUCCACCUUUCAAUAGCAAGAGCAAUUAUAGUCUGACAAAACUAAUGAGAUUGCUGAAUAGCGAUAAUUCUUUCUCCAGCAUUAGUAUCAACAACUUUCUCUAUCAGAACGAUCAGAACUCCGCAGCUCAGGAUACAGGAACUAAUAAUAGAGCUGGCUCAAACACCGGCUCAAAUUUCAAACCAGCCUCAAGUGCUAGUAAUGAGAGCCAAAGCAGUAUUACUGGAAAUGCAAAGCAUGGAAUGGAUAAUUGUGACUUUAAUGAUUUCGGGAACUUUAAUAAUUUCAUGACAAACGUUAAUUAUUCGGGGGUGGAUUAUGAUUACAUUGUCGACGCAUCACUUGGGCUAGCUCCAUUAUUAGUGGAUACGCCGGAUAUCUCAAAUACUAACACGACAUCCACUACGUCAAAUCGGAGUAAAAACAGUAUCAUCUUGGAUUCCACGUUUAAUGAUGACUUGGAUCGAUCCCAUACUAAUGCCAGAGAGGUAUUGAACCACGCUGACUCGAUUUUGAGUCAAGGAAUAAUGUCGUCAAUAAGUACUAGAACUGCUGACAUUCAAAGAUCUUCAUCGUCUGGUAACGAUUCAAAAAGCAAUGGCUACUCCCAAAAGAACCCGAAAAAUGCAAAUAACGGUCAGUUAGAUGCGCCUUCCACAUUGUUUCAAAUGAGGAGAACUUCUUCAGGUCCCUCUACAUCACAUCGUGGUCCAAGACGCCCCCAGAAACAUCGUUACAGUACAGACCAGUCGAAAGGUUUCAGUGGUGGAAGUUCUAAUGCCGACAAUUUACCUGAUUUAUUCCAAUGGCAAAAUGCUAAGUAG